AUGAGCGACGUCGAGACAGCCACCCGCCAGCAACGAGCCCCCUCUUCCAGUCCAUUUCUAUCCCUGUUCCGCCGGUCGAAGAAGAAGAUCAACGGCACACAAUCACACGAUGAUUUUAAGCUGAAUUUACAGGAAACCCUUGAGAAGCCUUCAAAACCCCGGAAGAUGUCGUUCACCGACCGGGUGAAGGCGCACAAGUCGGCGAAGAGCGGCAAGAAGGAUACCUCAAGCACACUUCCCCCACAACUCAGCAAAAAGGAGAAGAAGCUGGCCGCGCAAAAUAAGGCAUAUUCAUUUGAUGCGCUCGUUGAAGAGGACCCCAUGAUGUUGGUAGAAUCACUAAAAGCGAUCGCAGAUGAUCAACCGCUUGUCGCAAGAUCAAUCCCCAAGCACGCCAAAAUCCCGCAAAAACCGAAAGAUCCGCUGCGGAAUUGUCUGUUUGAGCAGGAGGUGUACGACACGAUGCUGUCGGACAGCCUGAAAGUGUGCGAUCUGCUCGCCUCGCACCUCGAUGAUUGUAUGGCCCACGUCCGGGCGAAGAGCCCUGAGUUUUCCAAGAUGAACUUGUCGGAUCAUAGUGAUUGCCGCGAUUCCGGCCGAGGCCCCUCUUCCGCCUCCUCAACCAUUUCUACCUCGCCCACAGCGUAUAAACGUCCACUGAAAUCCUGCGUACGCACCGAUUUA